AUGGCGACGUGCAAAUCCCAAUCACAAGAGGGGGCCAAUUUCAACAAUACACCUCUCGCAGUGGAAGACAAGAAGGAGGUAAAUGAGGAGGAGGAGACGAGAGAGAGAGAGAGAGAGAGAGAGAGAGAGAGAGAGAGAGAGAGAGAGAGAGAGAGAGAGAGAGAGAGAGAGAGGGGAGAGAUUCUAGGGACGGAGUCUCACUUACAAGACCGCUAG